AUGUCGAUGCUCCUCCCGACUGUUCACAGCUCCUUCGAGUACCUUACACCGACCCACAUCGCCAUCGGCUCUGUACUCAUCUUCGCCCUUCUCUGUCUCAUCGCUCCUGACCGAUACAUCUUUGCCUCGCAUCGCAAAGGCAUCAAGGAAGUUCCCGGCGCUCUUCCUAUCAUUGGCAACCUCAUCUUCCUUCUCGACAUUGCUACUAAGAAGCGCCGCUUCCUCGAUGAGUUCCUUAUCAUGCAGCGCACCAUUGGCGCGGGUGGUCAACCUUGGGCAGCUACUUUCCCUUACCUCGGCGGUCGCGUCACCUCGAUCAACCGACCCGAGUACAUCCGCUGGUGUCAGAAGACCAACUUCGAGAGCUACAUCAAGGGCUCUGCUUUCCAGAGCGCUAUGGGCGACGUCAUGUCUCUGCACGGUAUCUUUGUGGCCGAUGGCGAAGUUUGGAAGAAACAGCGCAAGAUGGCCUCGCACAUCUUCAGCGUAGGCAACUUCAGGACUCACGUGCAGACCACCAUCCAGCGCGACCUCAGCAACCUCAACAAACUUUUCCAGGAAGCUAGCCAGAAGAAUGUCGAAAUCAAUCUGCCUGACCUGUUCUUCAGAUUUACACUCAGCUCCUUCUCGCUCAUGGCAUUUAGUGCCGACAUCAAGUGCUUGCCCUCGCAAGUUGCUGACUUGGACAAGGUGGUUGAGUUUGCCGCCAACUUCGACUAUGCUCAGCGUGUAAUGGACGAACGUUUCGUUGAUCCUCUGGCCAGGUUCACCGAGCUCUUCUCGGCACAGGGAAGGAAGAUGCGAAAGACGAUCAAGGCGCUCCACGGUUUCUGCUACGAGAUUAUCGACCUUCGACUCGCUGCUCGUGAGCGUGGCGAGGCUCAGGCUGCAUCAGGCAAGGGUGACAAGGACCUUCUCGCUCUCUUCAUGGAGCAGAAUUUGGGCCGUGAAGAACUCCUGCCUGUCGUGCUCAACUUCCUCAUCGCUGGUCGUGACACCACCGCCCAAGCCCUUGGUUGGCUCUUCUACGAGUUCUCCAAGAGCCCUGAAGCCGUCCAGAAGGCCCGCGCAGAAAUCCACGAGAGGCUCGGUGCCGGCGCUGACUUCCGUUCCAUGGCUUAUGAUGAUCUCAACUCUCUUGUUUACGUCCAAGCGUGCUUCCUCGAGGCUCUCCGAUUGCACCCUUCCGUACCCAAGAACAUCAAGACUGCUGUCAAGGACGACGUUAUCCGACCAUACGCCCAAGGUGCCUCUUCUGAAGCCGAUGCCGCUCCCAAUGCCGUUCCUUCUUCGCAGAAGCUGCCCGACUUGAUCAUCAAAAAGGGCGAGACCGUCACAUGGCAAGACCACACGAUGGCACGCAUGCCCGAACUCUGGGGCGAAGACUGUGAGCAGUUCAAACCCGAACGAUUCAUCGAACAGCGCGAAGACGGCACCAAGGGUAUCAAGACCUACUCGCAGUACCUCUUCCACGCCUUCAACGCUGGACCGCGACUCUGUCUCGGUCAGACCCUGGCUACGUACGAGGGCUGUGCGGUCGUCGCUGAGAUCCUCGGCAACUUUGAUGUCAAGUUCAACCAGCAAGCUCUGAAGGACGAUGCUCCUACUUAUGAUGACUCCUUGACAUUGCCGAUCAAGAACCCUUACAAGAUUCGAGUCCAGGCCAGGGACGACUGA